AUGUCUGUAGGUGGAGCGACACACGAUAUUACUAGUAAUACUCAUACAGUUUCGCAGCAAAGAAAACGGAGCACAACGUCGAACGGCAUAUCGUCACUGGCAAAAGCUGAGCCAUUACAUACGAUCCCACCGAAAGGUUCACCGAGAACCAGUCAAUCGUCUGCCGGUUCACCAGCAGCACUUCAUUUAUCAAAAGUCGAGCCACAGACAUCUUCACCAAGGGCAACACCAAAAACAAGUGAUUCCUCUUCUUCUUCACCGCCUGCUGAUUCACCAGAUGGGCCGGGAAAGUAUACAUCGAUCGACCUCGUCGAAAAUGACUUGCCGAAACUCCAAAGAUAUGAUCCUGCCACUGAUCAAUGGAUGUCUGACGUCGUUCCAUGUCCUACUCGUCGAUCUGGGCCUGGUGUGGCUGCUCUUAACGACAAUAUUUAUGCGGUAGGCGGCCAUGGCGGUCAUAGUGGUCAAAGCCUAGACAUUGUUGAACGCUAUGACGUUCACCGAGAUGAGUGGACCUCUGUGGCACCUAUGGGAUUAAGUCGAGGCUACCAUUCUGUCUCCGUGUUAGAUGGUUGCCUCUACGUAGUAGGAGGGGAUAUGUCUGGCACAGAUGAAGCUCUAAACUUAGUAGAGAGUUACGUCGAUUUGGAUGACUUGAUGGCCGAUGUCAAGGCGUGGAUCGCCCGUAAGGAUCAAAACUUCUUCGCUUUUGGGAUCCGACCAACUAAUCAAUGGGAAGCAGUGCUUGACGUAGAUGGUGAAUAG